AUGUUUCCUAGCUUAGGGGGUAUAAAUGCAAGCCUUUUUACGAAGCUGUUCAAAAAUUUCACGCGAAAGAAGCUCCCUCAGCAAGAAAAAAGACUACAAGAACAUUAUCAGAAGCUUUCGAAGAUGCCAGUGAAGUCAGCUCCUGCAGUCGGAAUCGACCUUGGAACAACUUACUCAUGUGUUGGAGUCUUUCAACAUGGUAAAGUUGAGAUCAUCGCUAACGAUCAAGGAAACCGCACAACCCCCAGUUAUGUCGCUUUCACUGACACAGAACGUUUGAUCGGCGACGCUGCUAAGAACCAAGCAACGUUAAACCCGAGCAACACUAUCUUCGAUGCCAAACGACUGAUCGGCAGGAAAUUUGAUGAUCCUGUGGUUCAAUCAGACAGGAAGAACUGGCCUUUCCAAGUCAUCAGUGAGAACGGCAAACCAAAACUGCGUGUACAUACCAAAGACGCAUGGAAAACUUUCACUCCAGAGGAAAUCAGUUCUAUGGUCCUCACUAAGAUGAAAGAAACAGCUGAAGCUUACUUGGGCCAAACUGUUCGAGAUGCAGUUAUCACAGUUCCAGCUUAUUUCAAUGAUUCUCAGAGACAGGCCACAAAAGAUGCUGGCACAAUAGCAGGACUAAAUGUGAAGAGGAUAAUCAAUGAGCCAACCGCUGCUGCUCUCGCAUAUGGCUUGGAAAAAAACCUCAGCGGAGAGAAGAACGUGCUAAUUUUCGACCUGGGAGGAGGUACCUUUGACGUCUCCAUUUUGACAAUCGACGAAGGAUCACUCUUUGAGGUUCUCUCCACAGCUGGUAACACACAUCUUGGCGGAGAAGACUUCGACAACCGCAUUGUGGAUCACUUUGUAAAAGAGUUCAAGCAAAAGUUCAAGAAAGAUCUCAAAAGCAAUCCAAGAGCAUUGCGUCGCCUGAUGACUAAUUGUGAGCGAGCCAAACGAACGCUGUCGUCCAGUACUCAGGCCAAUAUAGAGAUUGACUCAUUAUCUGAGGGGAUUGAUUUCUACUCUAAGAUAACCCGAGCCAAGUUUGAAGAGCUAUGUAUGGAUCUCUUUCGCUCUUGCCUCGAGCCUGUGGAAAAGGCACUAAAAGAUGCAAAGCUGGACAAAAGUCAAAUCCAUGAGGUGGUUCUGGUUGGGGGCUCUACAAGGAUUCCAAAGAUACAGAAACUUUUAGAAGACUUCUUCGAUGGUAAAAAGCUAAACAAGUCUAUUAACCCAGACGAAGCCGUAGCUUACGGUGCCGCGAUCCAAGCAGCGAUCCUAUCCGGAGACCAAAGCUCAGAGAUCAAGGAUGUCUUAUUGCUCGAUGUUACACCCUUAAGCCUCGGGAUUGAAACCGCCGGUGGGGUAAUGACAACACUGAUUGAACGCAAUACGAGAAUCCCAACAAAAGUUUCCAAAGAGUUCACAACCUAUUCCGACAAUCAACCCGCCGUUACCAUUCAAGUCUUUGAAGGCGAGCGUGCUAUGACCAAAGACAACAAUGAACUGGGACGAUUUGAGCUGAGCGGAAUCCCACCGGCGCCUCGAGGCGUGCCCAAAAUAGAAGUCUCUCUGGAUAUUGAUGCCAACGGGAUCUUGAACGUAUCCGCGAAGGAUCAAAGCACUGGCAGAAGCAACAAUAUCACCAUCACCAAUGACAAGGGAAGGUUGUCCAAAGCUGACAUUGAUCGCAUGGUGGCUGAAGCCGAGAGGUACAAGGAAGAAGACGAGAAGCAGCGCCAGAAAAUCUCAGCCAGAAACAGCUUGGAAAACUAUGCGUAUAGCGUCAAACAGUCGAUAGUAGAUCCAAAGGUGGAGAACAAACUCAGCUCUGCAGAUGUGGAGACGGUAAAAAGCAAGGUGCAAGAAGUAAUCGAUUGGUUGGACAGAAAUUUACAGGCAGACAAAGAAGAGUACGAAGAAAGAGAGAAAGAUCUACAACGAGUGUGUUCACCAAUCAUGGCCAAGUUACAUGGACAGCAGCAGAGCACCAACGGGUCCUGCGAUGGACCUACUGUAGAAGAAGUUGAUUAA